GAGCAACAGACUGCACUGUAAUGAUUUCUCUCUCGCGCUGCUGGAGCAAAAUAAAUAAAUAAAAACACGCACAUGCGCGCUCAUGCGUGUGCGCGUACAUUUAUUCCUUCGAUUUUCACCACGGAGGACAAAUCCAAUGCUAGGAACGCCAGAAAUGUGAAAUAAAGCACGGCGUGGACGGGGGAUCGGGGUCCUACAGCGGUACCUGUGGGGGUCUCUGGACCCGGAACCAUUAGGCAGACAGGAAACUCCCAUUUUAACGGCGGCGGCAGCGGCCGUCCAGACGGGGCGCCUCACACACUGACACGGGGCGGAGAACACUCCGCCGCUGGAGAAAGACGAGAAAAAAACACACGGACCGACGGAAAACACGCGGUUCGGCGGAAACGGAGAGUACGCGAUUCGAGCACACGGAGCCGGGACUCGAACCAUGGACCGAUCGGGGCCCAGUGGGCGGAAACACUAGUUUUAGCGAGCGAGCGGAACGCAGCCCUCCUGGGUCGAUGGAGUCGGAGGCCUCACUGGGUGUGGAGAGCAGGCCCCGCUGACACGCUGCGAGCCCCCCGACCUCACGGUGCCCCGGCCCGGCCUGGCCUCCGCUGCUGCAUCCUCCCACCGCCCGUCGUCGAGCCCCGCCGUGAGAUCAGGCUGCAGACCCCCGGAGCUGGUUGUCGAGGGAGACGAGAGAGUGUACGGUCGGUUCCCCGUCUCCCCGGUCGGUCUGCAGGAGGUCUGCUCGCUGCUCAGUCCUCCGGCCCUGUGAUUGGUCCUCUCUCAGAAGAGGAGGAGCCACUGGUCAUCGCGGUGGGCCCUGAGACGCCUCUCCAACACUACACGCUGCCCUCCAGCCCGCCCCCCCCAGCUCAGCCUGUCCAACACUAACCUCACCGGCCCCAGAGUCCCUGCGCCCCCCGUCCCGGUGGCUGCACCCUGCGCCCCCCGCCGCCCCCAGUCAGAAGAGGGGCUAGCGUCAGCCCGGGCUCCCUCCCCCCGCCGCCGGGGGACAUGUUCCAGUUCAGCAAGUACCCCAUGGACAUCCUGGAGAUGCUGAGCGGCCACCAGGCGCACCAGUUCAAGGGGCUGGGGCUGGAGCGCCAGCUGAGCCACCACCAGCAGCAGGUGCAGCUGCAGCACCAGCAGCAGCUGCAGCCGCAGCACCAGGCGGCCGCCGACUCCUCCGGGGGGCUGCUGUCGGUGUCGGGCCUGGGCCUGGGCUCGCUGCAGGGCUCCCUGCAGGGGUCCCGGGGCAACGCCUUCGCCGACUCCUCCUCCAUCUUUGCCAAGAUGAGCGCCCCGCCGCCCCCCCCCCCCAUCCCCCAUCAGAGCCAGUCGUCCUCCUCCUCCUCGUCCUCCCACAGCUCCCGCAAGUCCAGCAAGAUGGGCGGGGGCGGGGGGGCCGGCGCCUCCUCGGGGUACCCCCAGUUCCUGCGGCCCUUCCACCCGGCCGAGGCCGCCCUGGCCCAGGAGCAGCUCCACCCGGGGAUGGGCCGCUUCGACUUCGGUGGCGGCGGCGGCGGCGGCGUGGGCAGCUCGGCGCCGCCGCCGCCGCCGCUGCACCCGGGGCUCUCGGUCCCCCAGCCCGCGCCCGGCCCCUCCUCCUCCUCCCCCUCUCCCUCCUCCUCGGGGGGCGCGGGCGCCAACAACCCCCCCGGGGGCGCGGCGGUGCCCCUGGUGGGGCAGGCGGACCCCCGCAGCCUCCACCAGCAGUUCAGCUGCAUGCUGGCGGCCAACCAGUACUUCCUGUCGGGCGUGCCCACCAACAGCAGCCUGGAGCAGUUCCUGGUGCAGCAGGGGGGGCACAACCACCUGGGGCUGGGGCUGGGCCAGGGGGCGGGGGACCCCAACCCGGCCCUGGCCCCGCCCCCCGCCCUGCACUCCUCCCACGGCCACUCCCACUCGGCCCCCCAGCAGCAGCAGCAGCAGCAGCUGCCCCCCCACUCCCUGUCCCACCCCCACAGCCACGCCCACCACCCCCACCCGCUGCACCCCGCCCCCCAGCCCGCCCCCCUCGGGGGCUUCGACUUCCAGGGCAUCCCCGUGCUCUCCUCCAAUCAGAUCGCCUCGCUGAUGCAGCAGGAGUCGGGGCUGCCGCUGCCCCUCCCCCUCCACCUCUCCCUGUCCAAGGAGGAGGCGGCCAAGGCGGGGGACUCCUCCUCCUCCUCCGCCUCCAGCGGGGGCAGCCGCCGGAAGAAGGCCAUGGCGGGGUACCUCCCCCAGAGGAAGUCGGAGAGCGCCAGCCACACUAGCCACGCCCACAGCAGCGGGGGCGGCGUGGGCAACUGCCACAACAGCUCGUCCUCCUCCGGGGGCCACGGCUCCUCCUCCAGCCUGGUGGGCGGGGGCGAGCCCCACCACUCCUCCCACCACUCCUCCUCCUCCUCCUCCCAGCAGCCCUCCUCCUCCGCCGCCGCCUCCUCCGCCGCGCCCUCCUCCAACCCCACCUCCGUGCUGGUCGCCAACGGCAACCAGCCCAAGCCGCAGGAGGGCCAGGGCUCGUCUGGGGGCGGCGGGGGCCCCGGCCAGGCGGAGCCCGAGGCGCUGUACCACUGCGGCGAGUGCGGCAAGACCUUCACCCACCUGUCCAGCCUGCGGCGCCACCUGCGCUCCCACGGCCUCACGCCCGAGAGCCAGGCCAAGCGCGGCGGCGGCGGCGGUGGUGGCGGCGGCGGGCGCGACUCGCCCAGCCCCGAGCGCGUCUUCUGCUGCGGCGACUGCGGCAAGGGCUUCAAGAAGCGCGGCCACCUGCUGCAGCACAGCGUCACGCACUCACAGAACCGGCCCUUCGCCUGCACCGUGUGCCAGAAGUCCUUCAACCGCCGCGAGUCGCUGACGCGCCACGAGAAGAUCCACGACGACAAGCCCUUCCGCUGCCCCGCCUGCGGCCGCUGCUUCAGGGAGAGCACCUCCCUGCUGAACCACGCCGCCUCGGGCACCUGCGGCAAGCCGCCGCGCAGCGCCAAGCACCGGCCCGGGGGCCCCGGGGGGGGCGGGGGCCACGGCGCCGGGGGCUCCGGGAAGGGGGGAGGGGGAGGGGGGGGCGACGGCUCAUCGGGGGGGAUGUCCAACAACAACAACAAGUACAGCCCGGACUACAGCCGCGGGCGCUACCAGGGCCACGGGCCCUACGGCGCGGCGGACGACUACCACCGCCGCUCGCACUCCUCCUCGGUGUACUCCUCGGACGGCUCCCUGGGCAACGGCAUGAGCGGCCAGACGCUGCGCAAGGCCCCCCUGGCGCCCACGCUGCACCCCCACCCCCAGAGCCAGCACCAGCACCACCCGCCGCAGCAGCAGCACCCCCACCCCCACCACCAGCACCUGCCACUGUCCUCGCUGCUGGACGACUCGGAGGACGAGGUCACCAGCAGCGCCAUGUCAGCCAUCGCCGCCGCCGCCGCCGCCUCCUGCGACAUCAGCUCGGAGGGGCGAGAGGAGCGCCGCGACAUCAUCGGCGGGCUGCUGGGCGGGCUGGGCUUCGGCCCCAUGGGGGGGCCGUCGGGCGGCGGGGGCCUGGGGGGCUCCACCAUGCCCCUGUCCCACCCCAACCACCCCCAGCCCAAGGCCAAGCGGCCCCGCAAGCCCCGCGACAAGCGGGACCCGGGCAGCAUCGUGCGGCGCCGCCGCAGCCCGGGGCCCCCCGGGGACGGCUCGGAGCGCCCCUACUCCUGCCAGUCCUGCGGCAAGCGCUUCCGGCGCGCCGAGACGCUGCGGCGGCACACGCGCGUGCACACGGGCGAGAAGCCGCACGCCUGCGACGUCUGUGGCAAGACGUUCCGCGAGCCCUUCCACCUCACCAAGCACCUCACGGUGCACUCGGGCCAGAAGAACUACAAGUGCCACAUCUGCGGCAAGGUGUUCGCCUACGCCCAGAGCCUGGUGCGCCACGGCAAGCUGCACCGCAAGGGCGAGAUUGACAGCCAGGGCCGCCGCGUCAAGGGCGGGCCGGGGGCCGGCCUGGGGGGCCACGCCGGGACCCCCGCCGGGGACUUCUACUCGCCCUCGUCCUCGGGCGGCGCCCCGUCCUACGCCCAGGGGGACAAGUCGCCCACGCACGGCACGCCGUCCCAGCGGCUGUACACCUGCACGGUGUGCUGGAAGUCGUUCCGCCACCACUUCCACCUCACGGCGCACCAGCAGACGGCGCACGGCGCCGGGGCGGGCGCCGACAAGUCGUACCGCUGCGACGCCUGCGGCAAGUCGUUCGCCUACUCCAACAGCCUGGUGCGCCACAAGCUGUCCCAGCACGGGCUGGAGCGCGCCGGGCAGCGCGCCGGCCCCCCGCCGCCCGGCGGAGGGUACUCCCCCGGCUACUACGAGCAGGGCGGGGCGGCGGGGUACCCCGGGGGGGGGUCCUCCCACGGGGGGCAGCAGGGGGCCGGCCAGCAGCAGCAGCAGCAGCAGCACCCUUUUCAGUACCGGUCCAAAGCCCCCCCCCGGAGGCAGGGCCAGACCCGGAAGCACCAGAAGAAGAAGAGGAAGGUGGUGAUCCACAGCAUCAUGCGUGACGGCAAGCUGGUGGGCAUCCCGCUGAGCCGGGCCACGCGCCGCAAGCUGCUGCUGAUCCGCAGGAAGCGCGGCAAGAUGCAGGCGCAGCUCAACCGCAAGAAGCUGCUGGCCCAGCUGCGGAUCAAGGGCGGCGGCGGCAUGAGGGUGAAGGCGUGGUGCGGCGGGCCGGUGAAGGUGGCGGGCCUGUCCUCCAUGGAGGUGCCCCUGAAGAGGUUCCCCUGCCCCGUGUGCCCCAGCACCAUGUACGCCCGCCGCGCCUCGCUGCUGCUGCACCGCGCCACGCGCCACCCGCCCCGUGGUGCCGGCCAGGCCGCCCGGCGGCGCUGCCAGGUGUGCGGGAAGCGCUCGUCCACGCUGGGCCGCGCGCUGCGGCACCGCGGGCGCCACCUGCGAGGCGGGGCCUUCCGCUGCCAGAAGUGCCGCCACAGCUUCUGGAACGCCAAGCUGCUGGGACGGCACCGCUUCUCCUGCCGCGGCAUGACGGGGGGAGGCAGCGGCAACUGGGGGCUGCUGAGGACCAAGUCCCCCUCGGCCGCCCAGGACGGACCCCCUCCCCCCGCCACCCCCACGGCCGCCGUCGACCCGGAGGCCCCGCCCCUGGCCACGCCCCCCCCGCUGCAGGUCCACUCCCCCCCGCCGGGGGACAUGUCCCCGGGCGCCAUGCCGGUCGCCAUGCCGAUCCCCGCCCAGGGGGGGGGGGCGGUGGAGCGCUCCACGGUGCUGACCGAGUACAGCCAGUAAAGACCUUUUGUACACGGUCUGGCCCCGCCCACCCGGACACGCCCCCCCCCCUGGAUACCAGCGCACCGCGGAGAUCGGGGGCGGGACCACGGCGGUGCGGAGACACGGCAGAGGCCCGUCGACCCGUCACUCCCCCGGGGGCGGGGCUGCCACGGAGACCAUGUGACUAUGAGUAGCCCCCCCCCGGCCCUGCCAGUGAGCAGGAGCCCCGUACUACUAGUAGUAGUGUAGUAGUACCACCUCGUAGGACUCGUACCUGCCCCUCUAUGUUCCUUGUUACUCACUUCAAUGGUUAUAGUCUGUUGUCAAGCGUGUUUCUUUGUACCCCACUGGAGAAUUUUGCUCUCCCCUUUUCUAAAUAUAUAUAAGUAUAUCCAACGGUGUGGAGGGGGGGCCCCUAGCCCGGCCUCAGAACAGGGGGGCCCUCGGGCUCAGGGGCCUCUGGCCGCCACACUUCCUGUCCUGACAGGAAGUGGGGUCUUGAUCUGGUUUGGUGUCCUCCUCAGGCCUGUGAUGGGAGGGAGGGAGGGAGGGAGGGAGGGGGGAGGCGGCUAGGAGUCACGGCCGAGGGGUCAGGCUCGUAGGCCUCUUUUAGGUCCUCUCGCAGGCGGAACACCCCCGCUGAGGGACAGGAUGUUGGGGAACGGGGGGGGGGGGGUGUACUGUACAAUUCGUAUUAUAUUUUAUUAUAUAUUGAUCAUUUGCUGUUUUAUACUCCAAGUAUCAUUUCUUUGUAUGGUUGUUCUUGGGUGGGUGGGUGGGCAGAGGAAGGGAAGAUGUUUGUAAAACAGGAUGAGUGUAAUGUAUCGAUGUGAACUUUAACCCCGUCUCUCCUAGCCUCCUAUGCCAGUUUUGCCCAAAGUUUUUUCUUUUUUUUGUAACAAAAGCGUGUAAACAUAGUUCAUUAUUUAGGUCCUGUCAGUGUUCUUAUGUUUUUUAUUUCUUGUUUUCUCCCAUUUCUGUCAAACUAAAACAUGUAAUAUUACUAAAUCCUUUUUCUUUGCCUACAGUGAGUUGUUGAAACCCCUCAGAAGUCAAAUAAAUUCUAAAAUGCU